GCAUCUGGGACCCCUGGAGUGCCCCUCCCCCCAGCGCUGCUGGGAUCCGGUGGAACUGGGGCCCCGGAGGUCACCGAGCUGCCCCCUCCCUCCAGUCGUGGGACAGAGGGAGGGAGUAGCUGAUUUCCAAAGACAUUUCUCCCCAUGGAAUCUGGACAAUUUCCCUGGGGAGCUGCAGCAAGAGAAGACGACCAGAGCCCAGCCGAGGAGAAGGGACUGCGCUGCCAGCACCCGGCCUGCAUGGACAAGGGGCGGGCCGCCAAGGGAGAGCGGAACUUCAAAGGACUGACGGCCCCCUUGCCAGCCAUGCCAGGCGAGGGCCAGUUAAAAAGGAAGGGCCCCCGAGAAGGACUGCGUUUCUGGGGCACUGCAGAGGAACAGGUGUGCCAUCACGCAGACUGCCAGCAGCUGCACCACCGGGGGCCGCUCAACCUCUGCGAGGCCUGUGACAGCAAAUUCCACAGCGCCGUGCGCUACGAUGGGCACGUCCGCUUCGACCUGCCCCCCCAAGGCUCUAUCCUAGCCCGGAAUGUGUCCACCCGGUCAUGCCCCCCACGUACCAGCCCUGCGGUGGACCUGGAUGAGGAGGAGGAGGAAAGCUCUGUAGAUGGCAAGGGGGACCGGAAGAGUACAGGACUGAGACUCUCCAAGAAGAAAGCAAGGAGGAGACACACAGAUGACCCCAGCAAGGAGUGCUUCACCUUGAAAUUUGACCUCAACGUGGACAUAGAGACAGAGAUCGUGCCGGCUCUGAAGAAGAAGUCGCUGGGGGAGGUGCUGCUGCCCGUGUUCGAAAGAAAGGGCAUUGCACUGGGCAAAGUGGAUAUCUACCUCGACCAGUCCAACACGCCCCUGUCCCUCACCUUCGAGGCCUACAGGUUUGGUGGACACUACCUGCGGGUCAAAGCCAAGCCAGGGGAUGAGGGCAAAGUGGAGCAGGGCGUGAAGGACUCCAAGUCCCUGAGCCUGCCAAUCCUGCGGUCGGCCGGGGCCUGGUCCCCCGCACUGGAGCGUGUGGAUCCCCAGAGCCGCCGGGAGAGCCUCGACAUUUUGGCACCUGGCCGCCGUCGUAAGAACAUGUCAGAAUUCCUGGGGGAGUCCAGCAUCCCGGGGCAAGAGCCCCCCAUGCCCUCCAGCUGCUCUCUACCCAGUAGCAACAGCAGUGGCACUAGCAGUGGGGGCAGUGACAGCUGGAAGAACCGGGCAGCCAGUCGCUUCAGUGGCUUCUUCAGCUCAAGCCCCAGCACCAGUGCCUUUGGCAGGGAGGUGGACAAGAUGGAGCAGCUGGAGGGCAAGCUGCAUGCCUAUGGCCUUUUUGGGCUGCCCCGGCUGCCCCGGAGGCUGCGCUUUGACCACGACUCCUGGGAGGAGGAAGAGGUCGAUGAGGACGAGGAUGAGGAUACCCCGUGCCUCCGGCUGGAGGACAGCUGGAGGGAGCUCAUUGACGGGCAUGAGAAGCUGACGCGGCGGCAGUGCCACCAGCAGGAGGCAGUGUGGGAGCUCUUGCACACGGAGGCCUCCUACAUCAGGAAACUGCGAGUGAUCACCAACUUGUUCCUGUGUUGCCUUCUGAACCUGCAAGAGUCUGGGCUGCUGUGCGAGGUGGAGGCGGAGCGUCUGUUCAGCAACAUCCCAGAGAUCGCUCGGCUGCACCGCGCACUUUGGGGCAGUGUGAUGGCUCCGGUGCUGGAGAAGGCGCGGCGCACGCGGGCCCUGCUGCAGCCUGGGGACUUCCUCAAAGGCUUCAAGAUGUUCGGGUCGCUGUUCAAGCCGUAUGUCCGAUACUGCAUGGAGGAGGAGGGCUGCAUGGAGUACAUGCGCGGUCUGCUGCGGGACAACGACCUGUUCCGCGCCUACAUCACGUGGGCUGAGAAGCACCAGCAGUGCCAGCGGCUGAAGCUGAGUGACAUGCUGGCCAAGCCCCACCAACGGCUCACCAAAUACCCUCUGCUGCUCAAAUCGGUGCUGCGGAAGACUGAUGAGCCCCGCGACAGGGAGGCCAUCGCCACCAUGAUCAGCUCCGUGGAGCGCUUCAUCCACCACGUGAACACAUGCAUGAGGCAGCGACAGGAGCGGCAGCGGCUGGCAGCGGUGGUGAGCCGCAUUGAUGCCUAUGAGGUGGUGGAAGGCAGCAACGACGAGGUGGACAAGCUCCUGAAGGAAUUUCUGCAUCUGGACCUGACAGCACCCAUCCCUGGUGCCUCCCCAGAGGAGACACGGCAGCUGCUGCUGGAGGGGAGCCUAAAGAUGAAGGAGGGGAAGGACAGCAAGAUGGAUGUGUACUGCUUCCUCUUCACUGAUCUGCUCUUAGUGACCAAGGCAGUGAAAAAGGCUGAGAGGACCAAGGUCAUCAGGCCACCACUGCUGGUGGACAAGAUUGUGUGCCGGGAGCUGCGGGACCCUGGCUCCUUCCUCCUCAUCUACCUGAACGAGUUCCACAGUGCCGUGGGGGCCUACACAUUCCAGGCUAGUGGCCAGGCCCUGUGCCGAGGCUGGGUGGAUGCCAUUUACAAUGCUCAGAACCAGCUGCAACAGCUGCGCGCACAGGAGCACCCAGGCAACCAGCAACCUCUACAGAGACUGGAAGAGGAGGAAGAAGAAGAGGAGGAGGAAGGUGAGAGCAGCACUUCGGCUGCCAGCUCCCCGACCAUCCUGCGCAGGAGCAGCAACAGCCUCAACUCCCAGCACUGUGCUUCAGAUGGCUCCACUGAGACCCUGGCCAUGGUUGUGGUGGAACCUGGCGAGAUGCUGUCCUCCGAGUUUGAUGGUGGCCCCUUAAGCUCCCAGUCGGAUGAGCCCUCUCUUAGCUCCACUGCUUCAUCGAUCACACCCACCAGCGAACUGCUGCCGCUGGGCCCAGUGGAUGGCCGCUCUUGCUCCAUGGACUCUGCCUAUGGCACCCUGUCCCCCACCUCCCUGCAAGAUUUUUCAGCUCCAGCCCCUGCGGUGGAGCCAGUGCCCCAGCCCACAGAGUUGUCACAAACUCCUUCACCCCCACCCUCGCCCCGCCUCCGCCGCCGCACCCCUGUCCAGCUGCUGCCCAGCCUGCCUCGCCUGCUCAAGUCUAAAUCCGAGGCCAGCCUCCUCCAGCUGCUGUCUGGGGCUGCCACCUGUGGAGGACCCCCAGCUCCCAGCCGCAGCUUGUCAGAGCUCUGCCUGGCCACUGUAGCUCCUGGCACUAGGACUCAGGGCUCUGCUCAGAAAGCUGGACCUGGCUGGGAUUGCCAGGCAGCAUGCAUACCUGGCAGCAGCCCUGAGCCUCCAGAGCCUGGGGACAGAACCAGUUGUCUGCCUGGGGAGCCUGCAGACCCUGCCAGGAGGAGGUACAGAGAGCCACCCUCUCCCAGGGUCCAACCUGAGCCCCCACCAGGGAUCUCUGUCCAGCACAGGAAGUUGACUCUGGCCCAGCUCUAUCGAAUCAGGACCACUCUGCUGCUUAAUUCCACGCUCACUGCCUCGGAAGUCUGAGCAGAUGGAGGCUUCCAAGGUGCCACUGACCAAGGGACAGCAGACAGCAUGCUUCUAGGGGUGCGGCACCUGCUUCACCUGCUGCCUCAUGUGUGCAUGAGCCGGAGUGUCAGUCAGGACCCCAGCUACCACCCCAGGGCCAAUUUGCACUUUGUCGGACUGAAUGAAGUGGAGGAGGGCUCAGCAGAGCCUCAGGCCUGGGCAAUAGAACCCUCUCCACACACCUGCCCAGGAAGUCCCUUGUCCCUUACUCCUGAAGUUACCAGCUCUGAUCCUCUGGGCUGGGCUCCCAGGCUCCUCUUCCCAUGGCCACCCUCAUCUGUCCUCAAUGGGAUGCACCCUAGCCCCUAAUCCCCUCUUUCUCUCCUUCCCAGUCCUCCUGGCCACCUCAGGCUUGGGUUGGCUCUGUGUAAAGCUGCAUAUUUAUUGAGCUUUGUUCUUUUAUAAAGACUUGUAUAUACUCCCCUGGAAA